AUGAAGGAGGAAAAUAUCAGCGGGACAGAAACUGACGCCUCUAAUACACAAAGUGAUACUAGCGGCAAACUGAAGAAGAGUACUAAGAGGGUGAGCAAGAAAGUAAAAUCUAAUAAACUUUCCGAACAUGAAGUCAGAAAAAAUCACGUUGUAUCGGAACAGAAAAGAAGGGAGAUAAUAAGAAUGAUGUAUGAUGAUCUAGUUCAAAUUGUGCCUGAUUUAUCUCAAAAGGAAAAUAGGUCUGAGCUGGCAAUUUAUAUAAAGACAGCUAAUUACCUUCGAUGGCUCUAUGAGAAAAAUCAAGAACUUCGAAUGCGCAUCCAGGAAAAACAUGGUGAUGAUAAAGAAAUACCUCAAGAACUCAUAUGGAACUUAAAAGGAAAUACCUAA